CUAGUCCACAGCGACACCGACUCCGAAACAGCAUCGUCCUUCACUGAGAACAACAUCGGUAGAAAAAAAACGGAUCAAAUAUGAUUUAAAGCGGCGGCUUGGGUGUUGGCAGCACAAGGGAACGCCGUUAUCCUCUUCAUUUUACCUAUUUAUAUAUUGUUUUUUUUUCCCCCAACGGAUUUCGAAUCCUCCCAGUAAUGGCUGGGGUCCAUGCCUCCGGCUGCUGAGCGGCAGGUGUAUUGUUGAGGACUUAUUUCUCAUUCAUUAUGUAUUCAACUACGGCGGAUACACAGGUCGGUAAGGACUGAACCGACUGCUACCGGAAUUGGAUGUUGCUGUCGCGAGGAAGGCAGUAGCAGGGUGCGUCGUUCCGUCCUCGAGGCUGCAGUGGUGGUCGGCUCGGGAGGGCGGUCUCUCUAUCCCCUUGUAAAUAGCCUAUAUCUCUUUUAUUGUGAAUAAAAAUGUCUCAAUACAGUUUAGUAGUUCAAGGUUAUAAAUCCUAACUGCAAAAAAUACCACCCAAAUGAUAACAAUCUUUGAAAUCGUUCGAAAUAUGGAAUGACACAGGAAAUAUUUAUUGAUGAUUAAUCAGAACGGAUUAUAAUUUCAAUGAGUAGUAUUUUCCCUUUCAUCUUGGUAAGCGUGUUUUAUAACUGUAGGCCUAUCUAAUCAACAUCAUCUCACAUCUGGAAUCGGACCCAGACCUCAUUUUGCCAAGAUGAUGGAAAUCGACGAGGUUGUCUAUCAGGACGACUAUGGCUCAGUUUCGGUUAUGUCGGAGCGGGUCUCGGGCCUGGCCAACAGCAUCUAUCGGGAGUUCGAGCGCCUCAUCAGCAGCUACGAUGAGGAAGUGGUCAAGGAGCUAAUGCCGCUGGUGGUGAACGUUCUGGAGAAUCUGGAUUCGGUUUUAACGGAGAACCAGGAGCACGAGGUGGAGCUCGAGCUGCUGAAGGAGGACAACGAGCAGCUCAUCACCCAGUACGAGCGCGAGAAGGCGCUGCGCAAGCAGGCAGAGGAGAAAUUCAUAGAGUUUGAGGAUGCGUUGGAGGGGGAGAAGAAGGACCUGCAGACUCAUGUGGAGAGCCUGGAACUGCAGGGGAAACAGCUGGAGCUCAAGACCAAGAACUAUUCUGACCAGAUCACGCGUCUGGAGGAGCGUGAGUCAGACAUGAAGAAGGAGUACAACGCUUUGCACCAGCGACACACAGAGAUGAUUCAAACAUACGUGGAGCAUAUUGAGAGGUCCAAGAUGCAACAGGCAGGGAACAACAGCCAGCCAGAAGGACCAGGCAGUGGACGGACUCAACGCCACGUGUGGAGGAAAAGCAAGGUGGAGCGUCCCCCGUCAUUGAGCUUGUACCCCAGUGGAGAGGGCAUGGGAAUGGAGGAUGGUUCCGAGUCGGACUCGGUGGCAGCCACGCCCAGUAGCACAGGAAGUAAGUCCAACACGCCCACGUCCUCCGUCCCUUCCGCCACCGUCACGCCCCUCAACGAGGGCUUCCUCCCGCCCGGCGAGUUCGACCCAAUGCAUGCUGUAAGCCGCGGCAGGAAGAGUGCUAAACGCCUCAGCAGAAACAUGGAGGUGCAGGUCUCCCAGGAAACCAGGAACGUCAGCAUUGGUAUGGGUAGCAGUGAUGAGUGGUCAGAAUUCCAAGAGAUCAUCGAUUCCACCCCAGAGCUGGAUAUGUGUGUGGACCCCCGUCUUUAUGGUGGAGGAAACAGUCCUUCCCAGGGCAUCGUGAACGAGGCAUUCGGUAUCAACACAGACUCCCUCUACCAUGAGAUCAAGGAUGCCAAGUCUGACAUCAUCGGGGAUGUUGACGCUGGGGCGGAGCUACUAGGGGAGUUCUCAGUCCGUGAUGAUUUUUUCGGGAUGGGCAAGGAGGUGGAGAACCUGCUGACGGAGAACAAACAUCUUCUGGAGACCAAAAAUGCUCUGAACAUCGUGAAGAACGACCUAAUAGCCAAAGUGGAUGAGCUCUCUGGGGAGCAUGAGGUGCUGAGAGAGGAACUGGAGGCUCUUAGGACCGCCAAGAACAAAGUAGACACAAAGGUUAAAGAACUGGAAGAAGAGCUGAAGAGGUUGAGAGCAGAGGCUCUGACUCUGGGAGCAUCUCAGGACUCCAAGGAUGAAGGAGGAGAAGAUUACUCGUCUCCGAUGGUGGAUGGGGAUGUGACUAUGACGCAGCGUCGGCGUUUCACGCGGGUAGAGAUGGCCAGGGUCCUGAUGGAGAGGAACCAGUACAAGGAGAGACUAAUGGAACUACAGGAGGCCGUCCGGUGGACAGAGAUGAUCAGGGCAUCCAGGGAGAGUCCUCAGAUGCAGGAGAAGAAGAAAUCCACCAUCUGGCAGUUUUUCGCCCGCCUGUUCAGUUCCUCUGCGAGUCCUCCGCCAGUCAAGCGUCCAUACUACAGCGUCAACAUCCACUACAAAUCCCCGUCCCCUGCAGGCUUCCCCCAGAGACGCAGCCACGCCAUGUGUCAGAUCUCCACCUCAAACCGAACCCUGGAGUUUUUCCCAGAAGAACUGGCCAGUAAUGGUGUUGCGUCUCUCCUUAGCGACUCUGCGCUGUCAGCUCGUCGCGAGCAGCGCCGGGAACAAUACCGGCAGGUCCGAGAGCACAUGCGCCGCGAUGACGGCAUUAUGCAGGCCUGCGGCUGGAGCGUACCACCACGCUUCAAACAGACUGGUGCUCAGCUGGACAGUGCACUGGAAGGCCCGCUGAAGAAACAACAGGCCAAUGAGAAGGAGGACAACCGCAUGAAGAAUGUCCCUGUUCCUGUCUACUGUCGCCCCCUGGUGGAGAAGGACCCCAACAGGAAGUUGUGGUGUGCGGCGGGGGUGGACCUGACGGGAUGGAAGACAUGCACUCAGGAAAUUAUGACACUAAAGGCUGGCCCCGGCAACGGCGUUACGAAUCCUCUAGCCAUAGAGGAGGGGGAGGGAGGAGACGGCAAGAGCAACCACAGCUCACCAGAGAAGAGAAAGUCUAAGGAGCUCCAUGAAACAGACACUAUGAGUAGCAGAGUCUGGAUCCUGACCAGUACCCACUCGGCCAGCAAGGUGGUCAUAAUUGAUGCCAACCAGCCCGGCUCGUUGGUCGACCAGUUCAACGUCUGCAAUGCCCACGUGCUCUGCAUCUCCAGCGUGCCAGCGGCCAGUGAGAGUGACUACCCGGCGGGUGAGAUCGUGCUGGACUCUGGGGAGGGUGGUGGUGAGGAGACAGGUGGGGUGGAGGGCAUGCUAGCAGGCAUCACCCUGGUGGGCUGUGCCACCAACUGUAGCGUGGUCCGCAGCAACUGCUCCUCGCGCACAGACACACCCGUACUGGACCGAGGGCAAGCUCCCAUGGCUCCACCACUCAGUGGGAAGCUGCACCCGGCCCAGUCAGCAGAGGAGGCCACAGAGGCUACAGAGGUAGCUGAGCCAGCCGCCAGCGAGACAGACAACACCUUGGGGCCUCCAGGGCCCUUCAUGGAGCACGUCUUCACAGACCCCCAGCCUCCGGUGGUUGAUGCUGGCCAAUAUGACCGGUGUGCAGGCCAGUCAAAAGAGGAGUCUAACUCCCCACCCCAGGAGACGGAGGAUGGAAGCGACGACCCGAAAGCUGGAACCAGCGUAGCCCCCACCAUGUGGCUGGGAGCACAAAAUGGCUGGCUUUACGUCCAUUCGGCAGUGGCCAACUGGAAGAAGUGUCUCCACUCCAUCAAACUGAAGGACUCUGUGCUCAGUCUAGUGCAUGUGAAGGGUCGUGUGCUUGUGGCUCUGGCAGACGGGACACUGGCUAUCUUCCACAGAUCUGAGGACGGGCAGUGGGACCUGUCAAACUACCACCUGAUGGACCUGGGUAGACCGCACCACUCUAUCCGCUGCAUGGCCAUGGUCCAUGACAAAGUGUGGUGUGGCUACAAGAACAAGAUCCAUGUCAUCCAGCCCAAGAGCAUGCAGAUAGAGAAGUCCUUUGACGCCCACCCUCGCAGGGAGAGCCAGGUGAGGCAGCUGGCGUGGAUCGGGGAUGGGGUGUGGGUGUCAAUCCGUCUGGACUCCACGCUGCGUCUCUACCACGCCCUCACACACCAGCACCUACAGGAUGUCGACAUCGAACCCUACGUCAGCAAGAUGCUGGGUACUGGCAAGCUGGGCUUCUCCUUUGUGCGAAUAACAGCCCUUCUUAUUGGUGGAAACCGCUUGUGGGUGGGGACUGGGAAUGGUGUGGUCAUCUCCAUACCACUGACAGAGACGGUAGUACUUCAUCGGGGACAGCUCCUAGGUCUGAGGGCCAAUAAGGUGUCUCCAACGUCGUCCGGCGGCGUGGCCGGAGGUGUGAUUCAUGUGUAUGCGGACGACAACCCAGAGAAAAGCAGCGGCAGCUUCAUCCCAUACUGCUCCAUGGCCCAGGCUCAGCUCUGUUUCCAUGGACACAGAGAUGCCGUCAAGUUCUUUGUCUCUGUGCCAGGCAACGUGUUGGCCACCCUAAAUGGUAGUGUGCUGGACAGUCCGUCAGAGGGUCAGGGGUCCUCGGCACAGCCGGAGGCUGAGGCUCAGAGCGUACAUAACGUCCUGGUGCUGAGUGGAGGGGAGGGCUACAUCGACUUCCGCAUCGGUGAUGGUGAGGACGACGAGACAGAGGAAGGGGAGGUGUUGGGGGGCGCCCCGCAGAUGAAGCCUGCCGUGUGCAAAGCCGAGCGGAGCCAUAUCAUCGUGUGGCAGGUGUCCUACGUCCCCGAGUGACACUCCCACCCUCUAGGGUCACCUUGCAUCCCCCUGUCCCCCUUCUUGCACCCAGAUGAUCACCCCCUUCUCACCCCCUUCUCCCAUCCUAAAACUAACCCACCCUACCCACCCCGCUCUUUCCUGUAUCUACCCCUGGUCUACCCCUGUAUCUACCCCUGGUCAUGAUGUAACUAUCCCUACGGCCCCUGUAUCUACCCCUGGUCAUGGUGUAACUAUCCCUACGGCCCAUGUAUGUACUAUUACACCCCUUUUAACUCUCAAUAUCCCCUCCAAAGACCUUGUAACUACCUAUUGCCUUGUAAGUAUCACU